CAAGUCAAUAUUUUCUAUUUUCUCCUCUUUAUAUCUCCCAUCUUCCUUACAACUUCCCCACUAAGAAAAAAGCCUUUCCCUUUCUUUGCAUAGAUAUAUACCUCGUCAUUUCAUAUCUACUCUUACAUUUGGAGUUUUGUCUGUUUUGAUGACUGAAAUCUUAAAUUUGCUACUUCGUCUCGUUGUCUAGCUCGCUUCUUGUUGUUCGUUCUUGUCAAUUUUUGUAAGUGGAAAACCAUUCCAUGGAUCGGGAACAAAAGACUCUAAUCAGUGAGCUUACUCAGGGGAAAGAGCACACAGAGCAGCUAAGGAAACAUCUUACCUCUUUAUCAUCGCCUGAAACGCGUCAGUUUCUUGUUGAGAAAAUACUUUCUUCUUAUGAGAAAGCACUUUCCAUUCUGAAUUGGGAAACUAAACCUUCAAUCAGUGCAUUGGAAUCACCACAUUCCUGUGCUAAUAGCAGCCCGAGAAGUGAGAUCUCCGACCAAGAAUUCCAGAGAGAUGUUUACAAGAAGAGAAAGACACAACCCAGAUGGACUGAACAAGUAAAGGUUUGUUCAGGGAUGGGACUUGAAGGACCACUUGAUGACGGUUAUAACUGGAGAAAGUAUGGCCAGAAAGAUAUUCUGGGAGCUAAUUUUCCAAGAGGAUACUAUAGAUGCACUCACCGUCACUCACAAGGUUGUUUAGCCACAAAACAAGUUCAGAGAUCAGAUCAAGACCCUACAAUAUUUGAAGUGACCUAUAGAGGAAGGCACACAUGUUUUCAAGCUGCUCGUUUAGCAGCUUCAAUAAACGACAAGUCGCAACAAGGUGAGGAUAAUUGCUUAGUAGAACGACAGCAACAACACGAAGAAGGGAAGCCCAAGCUAUUAAAAGAGAUAUCUUUCAACUACAGAGAAGGACUCAGUAAAAGCGACGACUUGGAAAUAUUUCCACCCUUUUCUCUCAAUGAAGAAAAUGAUAUUUUCAAGGAGUCCAUAAUGGAGAAUGAUUUCUUUGUUAAUUUUUCACCUGCAUUUAUAUCUCCGGCGACGUCGUCCGGCUUUGGAAUAGACAACAAUGCAAGAACGCCGGAAUCUGAUUCCGCUCCAACUUCAGUUACCAAUUCGCCAAUCGGAGAUUGGGAUCUUUCAAUAGAUAACGUGGAUUUCGACUCCAAUCUCCCUUUAGAAUUAUUUGCUUAAUUAUUAUUAGGAUUAAUUUCAUGAUGUUGAUGGGUCAGUGCUUGGAAAGAGAGAUUAAGAGGAAGUUCUUGAGUCUCGGGUGGUGCCUUCCCAGAAAAUUUUUCAGUUGAUUAGGGAGUUUAAUGACGAGUAGGUGUAACCCUUUUUUUAUCAAUUUGGCUUGUAAACUAAUAGCAGAUUGAAAAUUAAUUCGCUUGUGGACUGAAAUAAAUAUUUAGAAUCAUUGAGCGCAAUGGUCAUUGUGAAAA